AACUGUUGUAGCACAUAAUUUGGCUCUAGUAAUCAUUCCUAAUCGGCUUCCUACCAUGAGUACUAGACAAGGAUCCUGCUCUGUUAAAGGACAAGGGAGCAACAUCAGUCAUGGGUCCUCCAGUGUUAGGGUGUCUUCAGGCAAACAAAGCUCUGGAGGGAUAAGUGGCUUCUAUGGUGGUGGGGCAGCAGGAAGUGGAGGCUAUGCUGGAAGCUGGAAGGGUGGGUUUUGUGGAAGUGGGCAACAAGGUGGAAGUGGAGGUUAUGGUGGUCAUUACAGUAGUGUGAAUGCUGGGUUUGGUGGUGGAUCUGGGUUUGGUGGUGGAUCUGGGUUUGGUGGUGGAACUGGUUAUGGUGGUGGAUCUGGCUUUGCAAACUUUGGUCAUAUAGAGUCUGGAGGUGGUUAUGGAGGGGGAGCUGGCAUUGGCUUUGGGGAUGACUUUGGGCUCCUAUCUGGAAAUGAAAAAGGGACCAUGCAGAAUUUGAACGAUCGCCUGGCUUCAUACCUGGAUAAGGUGAGAUCACUGGAAGAGGCGAAUAGUGAGCUUGAGAAGAAAAUACGAAAUUGGUACGAGACACAUGGUCCACGCCCUGCCCAAGACUACAGUAACUACUACAAAACAAUUGAUGAGCUACAAAAAAAGAUCUUGGCUGCCACCAAUGAUAAUGCCCGCAUUGUCCUCCAGAUUGACAACGCAAGGCUGGCAGCUGAUGACUUUAGAAUGAAGUUUGAGAAUGAGUUGGCUCUACGACAAUCAGUAGAGGCUGAUAUCAAUGGACUGAGGAAGGUGCUGGAUGAUCUGACCCUUGCCAGAAGUGAUCUGGAAUCACAGCUGGAGUCAUUGAAGGAGGAACUAGCUGCAUUGAAGAAGAACCAUGAAGAGGAGAUGAAGGCGCUGCAAGGACAGAUCAGAGGCACUGUUAAUGUAGAUGUGAAAUCAGCACCAGGCAUUGACAUGCAGAAAACCUUAUCUGACCUCAGAAGUGAAUAUGAACACCUGAUUGCCAAGAACCAAAGGGAGAUCGAGACCUGGUAUAAAGAGCAGACUGACGAGCUACAGAGUCAAAUGCACAACAGUUCUCAGGAGAUCAAGACUACUCAAACUGAAGUUAUAGAAUUAAGGCGUUCUGUCCAGAGCUUGGAAAUUGACUUACAGACACAACUAAGCAUGAAAGCUGCCUUAGAGAACACCUUGGCAGAAACAGAGGGUCGCUACUGUGUACAGCUCUCCCAGUUACAGGCCAUGAUCCAGAAGGUAGAAGCUGAACUGGCAGAUAUCCGCUGUGAGACGGAGAACCAGAGCCAAGAGUACAAAAUCCUUCUGGAUAUCAAAACUCGUCUUGAGCAAGAAAUCAACACCUACCGCAGCUUGCUGGAUGGACAGAAUAUGCAAAUCCCUAAAGGAUCCAAUGAUCAGAACUCCUCCAGUUACUCGUCUGGUUCUCAGUCAGAUAGAUAUGGAGGGUCCUCGCACUACGUCAGGACACGUGUUGAGGAUGGAGAUGGAAAAGUCAUUUCAUCCCGGGACCAACAUAGCCAAAGUGGAUACAGAAAAUGAUCACCUUAAUACUUCUAUUGCAAAAAAAUAAAUUACUGCUUCUUUCAUUAUCUUCACUCUCAAUUUUCACAAUACUUCUGGGAAAAUCCAUCAUUGGUUAAUGUUAUAAUCUAAUUGUUUUGUGUAUACCGAAGAAUGGGCUGGUUAUGGUCUAUGGCUUCUGACAAGAGUGUAACACCAGUAAUUUAUAUCUGUCUGUCUAUUCUGUCAUGUCAGUCUUCUACUCUAUAUCUCCCCAUUUGGAACACAUCAUUUAUGUUAUUUUUUGUUUGUUUGAAAGUUUUUUAUCUGGUUAAAGAAUUGUUCUUUUGAAGUCUAUAUUUUGUGUGUAAAAUAAUAAUGGACCCGUGAGGGGAAGAAUAGAAUGUGGAUCCAUUUGUGAGUGUUAGACACUUUUUUUUUUUCAUUUUUAAGUACCGAAAAGAAAAGAUAGGACCAAUGUUUCAUAGGAGUUAACAAAACACAUCUUUUUGAUGUAUAAAUUGUAAAAGAAGGUAUGAAGACUGACUUCUCACAGGCAUUUAUCAAAUAAGAAAUGACAGGCAGAACAUUUUCUCUUGUGGUUUAAAAAAUACCAAAGCUUAGGUUAGGUUAUUGGAUCUCUGUUUUUCUUUCAUAUUACAUGGAUCUUUUUCAUAUCAUAUAAUAAAGCUUAGCAAUAUGACAUUUAAGAAA